AGUUGUGAUUAUAAAUUCAGGAGAUGAAGCCUCUCUUGGUUGCAGUUCUCAUCUUCACUGAUUUCUGCGCUGGCACAAACAUUCACCAGCCUCCAUUUGCAUUCAGCCACAAAGGAGCCCUGAAUGUAACUUUGCAAUGUAAACAGGACGACAUUAGAACUUUCCGCAUGCUCUGGUACAUACAAAAAAGCAUCGGGAAAUUGGAGCUAAUGACACAUUCUGUUGGUGUAGGUGUCUGGACCCGUGAAGAUCCUUUCCACAGACACAAGUACACCAUGUCCCGGCCUUCUUUAACUGAUACCAGUCUGCAGAUUCACCCAGUAGAGGCUGAAGACUCGGCUGUUUAUUAUUGUGCCUCUACAGGACCACAGUGGUUCAGAAAAGCUCAGCAGCUGGACAACAACCUGAGGAGAAAACCAGGAAGGAAAGACGAAGACAAGAAAUUAAAGGAAAAGCUUAAAGUGUGCAAACUCUUUAAGGCUGACAUUAAAACACAAAAGAAAGUUUGUUGUAAAAUAAUAAUACAGGAUUAUGGAAAGUUUGGUGACUUUUUGCUGAAGGAGGCCCUCAGUGUGACACUGGAACUGAAGCUUACUUUGGAAAAGGAACAAACUCACAGUUUUGGUACAACACCUGCUUACUUUGGCAAAGGCACCAAACUGACAGUUUUGAAUCCAGAUCGCCCAGUCACCCCACCCAAAGUAAAAAUCCUUCAACCUUCGCAGCAGGAGUGCAGAAACCAAAAAGAGAAGCAACGAAAGAAGACCCUGGUCUGUGUGGCUUCUGGUUUCUACCCCGACCAUGUUACAGUCUCCUGGAAAAUCAAUGAUGAGGACUAUUCUAGUGGCGUGGCGACGGACAGCGCUGCCCAGGAGAUUGAGGGUUCCUACAGAAUCACCAGCAGGUUCAAGGUCAAUGCUGCACUUUGGGAAAACCAAGAGAAUUCCUUCAUGUGCAUCGUCAGCUUCUUUGAUGGAGAGACAACCACCAAUCAUACUGCCACACUUCAUGGUGUUCAAGGCAAAGGAGGAGGCAUAACAAGAGGGGAAUAUUUGAAGGUCACACAAAGUGCCAAACUCUCCUACGUUGUUGUGAUCGUCAAGAGCUGCAUCUAUGGAGUCUUCGUUGGGUUUUUGGUGUGGAAGCUUCAGGGUUCCAGUCGGAAACACAAAUGAGAGCUGAGUCCUGGGAGACGAGUUUAACUUCUGUAGCUGUAAAUAAUAUUCUAUAAGAGCUGUUGUGUUUCUAUAAAGCUGCAUUCAGUCUUAUAUAAUCAAUGAGCAAUUCAAAUUCUGCACACAGUGUAUUGUUUUGUUUGUUCCUGUUGUAAAAUUAAUAAACAGCAUGCAGAUAUUUUAGAGUUUUGAUAGAUUUGUUAAGUGUUUGCCAAAUGCUUGUUUGCUGAAUUUUCCUACCAAUAAAAGUUUCUGAGAGGA